AAACCCAAAAAAUGCAACAGAAUCCUCCCCUGUUUUCCCCAUUCUCCGUCGACUCGUCGUUUCUCCUUUAAACGCUCCUUGAGCUCUCUCUUCUUUUCCUUUUUCUUUUUGCUUCCAUUUCUCUUUCCCCUUCUAUUCUUCUACCUCCUUCCUUUACCAGAUUUGAGUUCAUGUUCGGUGGCUCCACUGUCAUGUGAGGAGCGGCUUAUUCCUUUCGCAUCUGUGACCAUAGCUUCAAGAUAUUUCUUGUUCUUUUCCAUUUUGAUCGAAGAGAUUGGAGCUGGGCAUCUUGAGAGCCUACACAAUAUGGGCUAUCUGAAUCCAGUCUUGUCUUGUUCGAGCCAGAUUCAUGCUGCUGAGGAGGCUCCUGUAAGCGGCGGGGGACUAAGUCAGAAUGGAAAAUUCAGCUACGGAUAUGCUAGCUCUCCGGGGAAGAGAUCUUCGAUGGAAGAUUUUUAUGAGACACGUAUAGAUGGCGUGGAUGGAGAGAUAGUUGGUCUAUUUGGUGUUUUUGACGGUCAUGGGGGAGCACGAGCUGCAGAGUAUGUGAAGCACAAUCUUUUUAGUAAUUUAAUCAGCCAUCCAAAGUUCAUAUCGGAUACCAAAUCUGCCAUAGCUGAUGCCUACAACCACACAGACACAGAAUUUCUGAAGUCUGAAAAUAAUCAAAACAGAGAUGCUGGAUCAACCGCUUCCACUGCCAUUCUAGUUGGUGAUCGCUUACUUGUUGCAAAUGUGGGUGAUUCUAGAGCUGUUAUUUGCCGGGGUGGAACUGCCAUUGCUGUCUCUCGAGAUCAUAAGCCUGACCAAACUGAUGAGCGACGACGAAUUGAGGAUGCAGGAGGAUUUGUGAUGUGGGCUGGAACUUGGAGAGUUGGAGGUGUUCUUGCUGUUUCACGUGCAUUUGGUGAUAGGUUGUUGAAGCAAUAUGUUGUUGCUGACCCUGAAAUUCAGGAGGAAAAGAUCGAUAGCUCGCUCGAGUUUCUUAUACUUGCCAGUGAUGGACUAUGGGAUGUCGUCACUAACGAGGAAGCUGUUGCUAUGACCAAACUAAUUCCGGACCCAGAGGAGUCAGCUAAGAGGUUGAUGCAAGAAGCAUAUCAAAGAGGUAGUGCUGAUAACAUUACGUGCGUCGUAGUCCGUUUCUUGGCAAAUCAGGGAAGCCCCUCUCUUGCAACUUCUGGGUAAGAACAUCUAUCCUAGCUUCGCCUUCUGGUUCUGACUCGUCUGUCCGAAAGUCUCGACUGAACUGCAGUAGUGUUUGGUGGUUCGUAGUCGUUGGGAAUUCCAGUAACAUUGUUGAUUGUACUUAUAAAAAAAACAAAGGAUGACAUAACGAGAAGUUAUGAGGUUGGUUUUGUGCAGUACGUGCUGCCUACAUAGUCCUAGCUUGCUGCGUGGAGGUGGUAGAAAUGUUCAUUGGUUAAAUUGUAAAGAGUCUUAAUGAAAGUGUUAAUUGUCUGUGUUGUGUUCAGCCCUUUUUAAGGUAAUUUCCAUUUUCCCUUUUUGGUUAGGUGUGAA